ACUCUCUCUUUUCUCGCCCUUCUCUUUCUCUAAAACCCAUGAAACACGACUUUUCCUGUGUUAAGGCUACUGCUAAGAGUUCAACUAGUGAUGAUCUUGAGAGUGGUCGUCCUUCGACGCACUUUCCUCCCUCUUUUUGGGGAGAUUACUUCCUCUCACUUUCCGUCGACGAUUCCGAAUUUGACAAAAUAGCGAGAGAGAUUGAAUCUGUGAUGAAGCCAAACGUGAGAGACAGGCUCAUCUCUUCUCACAACAGCAAUAAGGACAAGAUUCGGUUAAUCCAUUUGCUUAUAAGCCUUGGCAUCUCGCAUUACUUUGAGACCGAGAUUGAGAUGAUCCUAAACCAGGCUUUUGAAGAGUUAGACGGAAUAAUGGCCGAGGAAGACGAUUUGAAAACAAUCUCCAUCAUGUUUGAGGUUUUUCGACUUUAUCAGCACAAUAUUUCAUGCGAUACCUUGGUAAGAUUCAAAGGUGAAGAUGGGAGGUUCAAGGAGAGUCUAGUCGGGGAUGUUAGAGGAAUGCUACAAUUAUACCAAGCAGCGCAUCUUGGGACACCCUCUGAAUACAUAAUGGAGGAAGCCAAGAGUUUCACUAGGAGCCAGUUGGAGUCUUUGGUAGUGAGUACUACUAUUCCUCCACAUCUCUCCUCACAUAUUCGUGACGCCUUGUAUAGAGCUCGUUAUCAUAACAUGGAAAUACUAGUCGCAAGAGAAUACAUCUCUUUCUACGAACAAGAAGAAGGUCAUGACCUCACGCUUCUCAAGUUUGCAAAGCUCAAUUUCAACUAUUGCCGUUUGCAUUACAUCCACGAGCUCAAAACUCUCACCAAAUGGUGGAAAGAUCUAGAUAUCCCCUCUAAGCUUCCUUACGCGAGGGAUAGAAUUGUGGAGACCUAUUUCCCUUCGUUGGGAGUAUAUUUCGAGCCACGAUUUUCACUUGGGAGAAUUAUAAUAACUAAAAUUAUCAUCAUCCUGGUUGUUUUGGAUGACACAUGUGAUUCAUAUGCAACUUUUCCCCAAGCUAAAUGUCUCAUUGAUUCUUUGCAAAGGUGGGAUCUUGAAACGAUUGACGAACUACCAAGCUAUUUGAGAAUAGUCGUCCGAUUAAUAUUGGAAACUAUGGGAGAGAUUGAAAGAGAAAUGAAGCCCCGAGGAAGAUCUGCUAGUGUACAACACACGAUUGAUGAGACUAAGAGCCUAGGGAGAGCGUACCUAGCAAUAUCAAAAUGGGCAAGUGCAGGUCACGUGCCAACCUUCGAAGAGUACAUGGAGGUUGGGCUGGUCACCGCGGGGAUGGAUGAUUUUGCAUCAUACAGCUUUAUCGCAAUGGAAGAUUGUGACGAGAAACCAUUGUACGAAUGGUUCAACUCCAAGCCAAAAAUCUUCCAAGCUUUGUGUGCUAUAUAUCGUAUAAACAACGACAUUGUCACCUACGAGAGAGAGAUGAGCACCGGAGAGGUGGCGAAUGGGGUCAACUGUUACAUAAACCAACACGAUGUUACUAAAGAAGAAGCGGUUGGAGAACUGAGUAAGAUGGCUAGAGAUAACUAUAAGAUAGUCAUGGAGGAGCUCUUGACGACAAUCGAUGUGCCGCGACCAGUUCUGGUGCGUUGCCUCAACAUUGCACGCUUGAUCGAUGUGUUUUGCAAGGAUGGUGCUGAUGAAUUCAGCAAUCCGCAUGGAAAGCUCAAAGAUCUCAUCACCUCUCUGUUCAUUCAUCCUAUUCCGUCGGCCCUUGGCACACUUUCUCCCACUCUUUGGGGAGAUCACUUCCUUUCUGUUCCCCUCAAUGCCGAUGAAUUUGAUGAUUUCUCAAGAGAAAUUGAAGUGAAGAUGAAGCCAAAAGUGAGAGACAUGCUCAUGUCUUCCAAAAACGGCGACAAAUAUAGGAUCUGUCUCAUCCAUUUGCUAAUUAACCUCGGAAUCGCAUAUCAUUUCGAGAUUGAGAUUGAUGAGAUUCUUAGCCAAGCUUUCCAGAAUUUGGAGGACUUGAUAGCCAAGGAAAAUGAUUUGGAAACAAUCUCCAUCAUGUUUGAGGUUUUCAGACUGCGAGGUUACUAUAUGCCUUGCGAUGCAUUCAAUAGAUUCAAAGGUGAAGAUGGGAGGUUCAAGGAAAGUCUAGCUGAAGAUAUUAGAGGGAUGCUACAGUUGUACGAAGCAGCACAUCUCGGGACACCAUCUGAAGAUAUAAUGGACGAAGCAUUGAGUUUCACUCGGUAUCACUUGGAGUCAUUGAUAGGUCAUCCCGCAGUUAGUGCUAGUCCCCAUCUCUCUAUGCAUAUAAAAAACACGUUGAAUAGAGCUCGAUAUCAUAACAUGGAGAUAAUAGUCUCAAGAGAAUUUAUCUCUUUCUACGAUCAAGAAGAAGAUCACAACGAGACGCUGCUCAAGUUUGCAAAGCUCAACUUUAAUUAUUGCCGGCUUCAUUACAUCCAAGAGCUAAAAGAUCUGACCAAAUGGUGGAAGGAGUUAGAUCUUGCAUCUAAGCUACCUUAUAUCAGGGACAGAAUUGUAGAGGUCUAUUUUGGGACACUCACAAUGUAUUUUGAGCCACGGUAUUCGCUUGGGAGAAAUAUAGUCACUAAACUUUCCAUGCUUGCGACUGUUUUGAAUGACACAUGUGAUGCAUAUGGAACUCUUCCUGAAGUUACAAGUCUCGUUGAUUCUUUCCAAAGGUGGGAUCUUGGGGAAACUGAAAAGCUACCAAGCUAUAUAAGAAUCGUCUUUCGAAGUGUGUUUGAUACUUUAGAAGAGAUUGAACAAGAAAUGAGGCCACGAGGAAGAUCACACAGUGUGCAAGUAGCCAUAGAUGCGAUGAAAAAGUUGGGGAAAGCAUACUUGGCCCUCGCAAAAUGGGCACGCGCAAGUCACGUGCCAACCUUUGAGGAGUAUAUGGAGUUUGCGAUGCAAACAUCAAUGGAUCAAUAUGCAGCCUAUAGUUUUAUCGUUAUGGAAGAUUGUGAUGAGAAUCAAACGUGCGAGUGGUACAAUUCCAGACCCAAAAUGAUGGAAGCUUUAAAUGGCGUAUUCCGUCUUAAGAACGACAUAAUUACCUAUGAGAAAGAGACGAGCAGAGGAGAUGUGGCUAAAGGGCUGAAUUGUUACAUGAAGCAGCAUGGUGUUACCAAAGAAGAAGCGGUUGGAGAAUUGAACAAGAUGGCUAGUGAUUAUUACAAAAUAAUAAUGGAAGAGUACUUGACGACAACUGCUGUGCCACGCCCGAUUCUGGUGCGAUGCCUCAACGUUUCGCGACCCGUUGAUCUUUACUACAGGGAUAGUGAUGAAUUCACAGAUCCUUCUUUCGGAAAGCUCAAAGAACCCACAAAACACGACUUGUUCGUUGUAAGGUCUACUAAGAGUAAUGAUGAUCUUGAGAGUAGUCGUCCUUUGACGCAAUUUUCUCCCUCUCUUUGGGGAGAUCACUUCCUCUCUGUUUCCCUCGAUAGCGCUGAAUUUUAUGAACUAGAAAGAGAGAUUAAAACUACCAAGCCACUGGUGAGAGACAUGCUCAUGUCUUCUCACAAUAGCUACAAGGAGAAGAUUCGUUUCAUCCAUUUGCUUGUCAGCAUGGGGAUCUCUUAUCAUUUUGAUAAGGAGAUUCAAGAUAUCCUUAACCACAGUUUCACAAAGUUGGAAGACAUAAUAGAAAAGGAAAAUGAUUUGGAAACAAUCUCUAUUAUGUUUGAGGUCUUUAGGCUAUACGGUCAUAAGAUGUCUUGUGAUGCCUUUGAUAGAUUCAGAGGUGAAGAUGGGAGGUUCAAGGAGAGUCUAGCCACAGAUGUUAGAGGAAUGCUACAGUUGUUCGAAGUCUCGCAUCUCGGAACACCCUCUGAAGAUAUAAUGGACGAAGCACUAAGUUUCACGCGAAAUCACUUGGAGUCUUGGAUAGGUGGUAACGUAUCUGGUGCUACUCCCCAUCUCUUCAAGCAUAUACAAAACUCCUUAUACAUACCUCGAUACUGUAACAUAGAAAUGGGGAAGGACUUAGAUCUUGCAUCUAAGUUACCUUACAUUAGGGAUAGACUUGUGGAGUGCCACUUUGGGUCUCUGGGAACGUAUUUUGAGCCACAGUAUUCCCUUGGGAGAAUCAUAUUGGCUAAAAUCAUGAUGAUCGUGGUUGUUGUGGAUGACACAUAUGAUGCAUAUGCAACUCUUCCCGAAGUUACCGCUCUUACGGAAUGUUUGCAGAGGUGGAACAUUGCUGCUAGUGAUCAACUACCAGACUAUUUGCGAAUCGUCCUUAUAAGUUUAUUUGAAGUCAUAGGAGAGAUUGAACGAGAAAUGAGACCGAAAGGAAGAUCAUACGGCGUGAAACAAGCGGUAGAGAAGCUCAAGAUCCUUGUGAAGGCAUACCUAGAGAUAACAAAGUGGGCACGGACGGGUCAUGUAUCAACCUUUGAUGAGUACAUGAAGGUUGGGUAUGUGACAGGUGCGAUGGGUGAUUUUGCAGCGUACAGCUUUAUUGGUAUGGAAGAUAUAAAUGAGAAGGAAGCUUAUGACUGGCUCGAUUCCAAACCCCUAAUCAUCAAACAUCUGUCUUUAAUGUUCCGUCUAGCAAAUGACGUAGGAACCUACGAGACCGAGAUGAGCAGAGGAGAGGUAGCUAAUGGGCUCAACUGCCUACAUGAAACAACAUGGAGUCACCAAGGAAGAAGCAUCCCAAGAGUUGCGUAAAAUGUACAGAGACAACUACAAAGUGGUUAUGGAGGAGUUCCUGAACACACAUGAUCAUGUGCCGCGCCAAGUUCUUCUGCGAUGCCUCAACUUGGCACGCAUCUUCGAUGUGUUCUACACGGAAGGUGAUGGAUACAGUGAUCCCAAAGGCAAAAUCGAACACUUUAUGACAUCCUUGUACCUCCACCCAAUAACCCUUUCAUAAUGUC